CAGUGCAAUCUAGCGCGCUGGGGGCGUGGCGUGGGCGGGUCAACGUGACGUCACAACACCGCCGCACCGCCCCCGUGUUUUUGUGCUCCUGCUCGCGGGGAAGCCUCUGGGAAUUUUUUCACCUGGCUGUUUCCCCGCUCUGGUCCCGAGGCUUUCCGAACCCUUGGUCAAGUGCUGUGGCAUCAGGAGCUGCCGUUUCUAGAACGAUCCUGGGAGCCCUGAAAUCAGCCUGAGGCAGCGAGACGCGCGAGUCUUCAUCAAGGGAGGCAGGCCUCGCGCGGGGAUCUCUGGAAAGCAAGCCUGCGCCCCAUCAUGAAGUUCCAGUACAAGGAGGACCAUCCCUUCGAGUAUCGGAAAAAAGAAGGAGAGAAGAUCCGAAAGAAGUACCCAGACAGGGUCCCGGUCAUUGUGGAGAAGGCUCCUAAGGCCAGGGUGCCUGAUCUGGACAAGAGGAAGUACCUAGUGCCCUCUGACCUCACUGUUGGCCAGUUCUAUUUCUUAAUCCGGAAGAGGAUCCACCUGAGACCUGAGGACGCCUUAUUCUUCUUUGUCAACAACACUAUCCCUCCCACUAGCGCAACCAUGGGCCAACUGUAUGAGGACAACCAUGAAGAAGACUAUUUUCUGUACGUGGCCUACAGUGAUGAGAGUGUCUAUGGGAAGUGAGUGGUGGAAACCCAGCAGAUGGGAGCACCUGGACUCGGGGGUGGGGCGGGCUGUGAGUGGGACUUGAGGGAAGAGAAGGAGGGCUCCCACCAUGGAGAAGACAGAAGGUGAAGACAUUGGAAACAUUACACUGCACACAUUGGCGUCAUAUUUUCACAUGCUCAGUUGAUGUUUUUUUGCUGCUUCUUUGGCCCAGGGAGAAAGCAUGUCAGGACAGAGCUGCUGGACUGGCUUUGAUAAGAGAAUAGAGAUAGCCUAAGUUCAUGGCAUUCCCAAGAACUAAGUUCUUUUGUGAUUUCAUAGUAGGUGAGAAGGUGGGCAGGUUAAAGCCAGAGGUGAAUGUAAUCCAGUAGCAAUUCCCAUCUCUUUGGGCAGAGUUUCAAUUUUUGACAUUUGCACAAAACGAAAUAGGAAAGGGAACAAGAAUUCCUUAGGAACUGUAGUAGCGGACCAUACCUGGGGACCAAAACAUACCUACAGUAAUUAAAGCACCAUAGCCUUUGAUUGCUUCUGUUUCUCCCCUUCCUGCAUCAGCUGAUAGUCUCUUCUCGUAUAUGAAUGUCACACCCCAGAGGUGGCAGUAGACACCCACACAUUCAGAAGGAACUGUCUUAACUUUGGAAAAUGGCAGUCCUACAGAAGGUGAUGCCUGUUAGUUUUGAUAGCAUUAAACUGGAAAUGACUUGAGUGCUGAGCUUUUGUCUUAAACUGCUCUCUCUCUCGUGCCCCUUAUCCCACACCUAUUUUGGAAUUUCCUGAACCCUGGGCACUUUCAUUUGCAGGCUAAAGCCAGUUGUUUCUUGUUACCUUUAGCAGUUUCCAUGUACAGAGACAGAGGUGUCUUUCAUGUGGAAGGGGCAGGUAUGAGGUAGGUAGAUUAUCUACACUUUGCACACGUCCAGAAUUUUUGCUCCCUCGCUGUUGUCCCUCAGUCUCACGCACAGACAGGAAAAAGCUAAGCAAUGGCCAGCUGCUUCCCUCCUUUGGUUUUCAUCCACUGCAGCUGCUACUUAGAAAUGUUUGGAGGGAUGACGUUAGUAAUUCAUGGGAGUUUAAUUCGUUUAUUUUCAUUUAAGGGUUGAGGGUGGGGGUGGGGAGCAGGACUUGCGCUCAGAUGUGACAUUUCAUCUCUGCUAAUGAAAAGGAUCCUUCCAUUGGGGGAAAUCCGUGUGUCCUGUCAGCUUCAGGUUCUUGUAUAAUGAGGUCAAUCUUGUCAGGCCAAGGAAAUAAAAUAAUUGCUUAUUGUAAAACUCU